AUGGACAAGACCUUCUGCGUGCUCUUCUCCCAUGGCCGAGGCUGUAUGGAGAGGGUGCAUCCCACUAUACGUCUGGGGGGCGAGGGGAAAGGCUUAAAAUUCGUCGAGUCCUUGCGAAUUCUCGGCGUAGUUUUCGACAGGAGGCUGUCGUUCUACAAGCAUGCUGACCACCCGAAGGAGAAGGCGGAGCUCCUAUCGGCGAAGCCGAUUGCGUUCGCGCAGAUGCAGGGCGGGCUACGGCCAAAAGUGUCCACUCGCCUGUACCAGCAGGUCAUGCUGCCUGCCUUGACGUACGCAUCCAUCAUAUGGUGGAGCGACAAGCCUGAUUGCCGGUUAAGCGCCCGCGUCGCAUCUGUGCAGCGCACUGUCCUCCUUUCGUUAUUGGGUGCCUUUCGGACCACACGCACCGCGGCCCUUCAGGUCCUUAUGCGCGCCCCUCCGUUGGCGCUCGAGCUGGACAGGGCGAAUGCGGAGUUCCGCCUUUUCGCCCUUCGCGAAAGCGUGCGCUACGGCGCGUCGUCCUUCUCGCCACGUGACGUGCUGUACCCUGCUGACCCGUGGGACACGCAUCCGGCGGACGCCCGGUCAUUCACCUUCCGACGGCUGUCCCUACACCAAGCCCGGCAACUUGCUCGUGACGAGGGUGUCCACGUCUACACCGACGGCUCGUAUACGACACUCUCGUCCGGGGCUGCCUUCGUCGUCCUGGGACCGAGAGGACGCAUCGGUUCGAUAGGGCGAUUUAGAAUACUGGCGGCUACGAGCGCGUACAGUGCGGAAGUGAUCGCGUUUGCCGAGGCGCUCGCGCACAUACGGGGCGGAGGCGCCAGCGAGGAGGUACGUUAA